UUAACUUUUCACAUUUUUAUUCAAUAUUACUAAUUAAGCAAUUGUGUGAAAGCAAUUUUUUACAUAACUUUUAACGCAGAAAAAUUUACUAAAUAAAUUUACGAAGAAAUAAUGUUUUAUAAGGAAAAUAUAUGUCUAUCUUAACACCGUAACCCAUGAAUAUAUCAACUUAUUGCGAGUUAUUCUCGAGUAUGUCCUAAGGGAAUUUACACGGAUAAAAAUUAUGUCUGAAAACAAGAUAUACGAUCUUUCGAAGGAAGAUCAAGAAGUUAAAGAAUGGAAAGCUUCCAGACGUUUAGAAUUAAGAAACGAAUACUUAAAGGAGAUACAAGAUCCUCGACGAAUUGAACCAGUUAUAGAUAAAGGAUGGCUACGAUUCUAUGCUACAAGAGUACAGCUUGAACAUAUUUUCAUACAAACUCCUCUUAAUACCUUAUUAAUGUAUACCAUCGUGGGAGGUCUAUUAUUUAGUGUAGGAACCUUCUUAAAAAAAUCCAAGGAUCGAAAGGAACAACUUUACCGUACAGGUCAAGUAAAAUACGUCGAUAGAAUGUUUAAAUUCCACUAAAAAAAAAUAUAUAUAUAUAUAAUACAGUUCAAUACAAAUGAACAAAAGUAAUGUAGAAAUUGAGAUGUAAUAUUACAUGUAUAAAUAAAGGGAAUAUAAAUAAAGAAAAAAAUAUCUAUAAAAAAAAA